UCAUUAUGAAGAGAGAUCUGGUUUUCUUGGUGACUCUAAUUAGCCUUGCCUUCCUGUCACUGCUAAGGUCUGGAUAUCCUCAACAUAUUGCAGAGGAGUCCUGCUCUGUUCAAAUUCUUGUUCCAGGCCUCAAAGGGGAGGCUGGAGAAAAGGGGGAGAAAGGUGCUCCAGGUCGUCCAGGCAGAGUUGGGCCUCCAGGAGAAAAAGGAGAAAUGGGGGACAAAGGACAGAAAGGCAGCAUAGGACGGCAUGGAAAAAUUGGGCCUAUUGGUUCAAAAGGUGAAAAAGGAGAUAAUGGUGACAUAGGACCACCAGGUCCUAAUGGUGACCCAGGCAUCCCCUGUGAGUGCAGCCAGCUAAGGAAGGCUAUUGGUGAAAUGGAUAUCCAAGUGGCUCAGCUGACAACGGAACUAAAAUUCAUAAAAAAUGCUGUUGCUGGUGUGCGUGAGACAGAUAAUAAGAUAUAUCUGCUGGUGAAGGAAGAGAAAAGAUACAAGGAAGCCCAGCUCUACUGCCAUGGAAGAGGAGGGACGCUGAGCAUGCCCAAGGAUGAGACUGCCAACAAUCUGAUUGCCUCGUACAUCAACCAAGCCGGGCUCACCAGAGUUUUCAUUGGGAUUAACGACCUAGAGAAAGAGGGAAAUUUUGUCUAUUCUGACCGAUCACCCAUGCAGACCUUCAACAAAUGGCGCAGUGGGGAGCCCAACAAUGCUUAUGACGAGGAGGACUGUGUGGAGAUGGUGGCGUCUGGAGGGUGGAAUGAUGUUGCGUGUCAUAUUACCAUGUAUUUUGUGUGUGAAUUUGACAAAGAAAAUGUCUAAGCUUCUUUGCUCUUUCUUUAAGAAAAAUUUUUA